AUGAGAGCUGCAUAUCUGUUAAUAUUCAUCCUUGUCAAUGGCAGCUCUGCAGGAGACCUAUUCGACAUCCUGAACCCGACCAGCAACGACUCCAAUGGCGGCCUCAUCUCCUCAGGCCCAAGCCCAACCAGCUCUGGCAUCGUCAGCAGAAUCGACGAUGCUAUCGACGACGGUAUCGACGCUUUCAGAAACAUAGCCUCUUCGGCGCUAAGUCCCUUCAUCGGAAUCGCCAGAGCGCUGACGUCAACAGCCGAAUCUCUGCAUCUGCCCGGCGCCGACAUCUUCAGAGACAUACUGGCAGGCAAUUCUACAGACCCUUUCAGUGCCAUAGCCAGGAACGUUAUAUCCUUCUUCUCGUCGAGUAUAGCAUCGUUAAUCCCAGGCUUACAGAGCGGUGCACGUCAGCUGUCAACGCUGAUACAAUCUCUCCUCAACGGCGAUGAUAUUUCCUCGCUUCUGGGAUCUAUCCGUUCAAUUUUCGACAAUGGCUUCAGGCUAGCAGCUUCUGCUAUUGAAAGAGUGGUUUCCUCGUUACCGGGCAUCGGAGACAUAGCUUCUCGCAUAUUCAACGGUACUUCCAGCGGAUCGGACGUCAUCAGGCGAGUGAUCUCGCAGGCAACCAAUGACGGUAUGAUCAGUCUGAGUGAAUUAGUGGGCUUUAUCGAUAUAGCGAUCGACAAUGGUGAUAACACCACAGCGGCCACAUUGGGUAACCUGCGAGCAGCACUCACCGGAGGUGGAACUACUAUAUCGGAUAUCAUCGGAAGGGCUAUCUACUCUGUGCCAGGAGCCAGCAAUGGCAAUAUCAGCAUUUCGGGUUUGCGCAGCGCUAUCCAAUCGGAAAUCGCCAAUGGAGGAAGAGAGGUUGCAAGAGCGUUGGGGCCUCUGCGGGCAGCACUAUCUGAUGAAGAUUCCCGAGUGUCAGAUUUCUUCGGAGGGGUUAUCUCCUUAGUAAGAGAUGCUCUUUCUGAGCUCUGGCAAUUUAUAUCACCAAUAUUCAACAAUCGAGCGCUUUUGAUACUUCUAGGACCUCUCGGAUCGAUAAUCAGAUUCGGAUUGAGCGCUGUAUUAACCCCUAUAUGGAACGGUAUUUACGGUCUUUUGAGCUCUGGCGGCUCUUUGAUCAUCGGUGGCAUUUGGACAAUAUUGAGAUCAGUAUUAACUUUAGCGAUAAAGAUAGUAUUGGGUAUCAUAAGGGUGGCAUUCGUCCCAAUAAAAGUUGCUCUCGAGAAAUGUUCCAGCCAAGGAUUACUCAAUCUUGGUUUUCCGCGGAUGCCGGGAUUCGGAAACUUCGCCAACCAAGGAACAUCAGCUUUGGGUUCUAUCGGCUCGACACUCAAUAAUGGAUUUCAAGACGCCACGAACACUGUCAAUAACGCACUUAGGGCAUUUAAUCCUUUGAAUAUAAUUGGGAAUGGCAUCACUCCUAACUUCAGCAACAAUCCUCUAAAUUUAUUUGGAUCUCAGAUCGCAAACAACAAUCCUCUCAAUGCAAUUGAAUCUCAAAUCGCAAACAACAACCCUCUCAAUGCAAUCGGAUCUCAAAUAGCAAACAACAAUCCUUUGAAUGCAGUUGGAUCUCAAAUCGCAAACAACAAUCCUCUUACAGGAUUGGUUACUCUUAAUGGUACCAAUCCUCUUGGCUCGAUGGCUUCUCAAAUGGCGAACAACAACCUCACGGGACUAUCUCCUCUAAAUGGAACAAAUCCACUUGGAGCAAUGACUUCACAAAUAGCGAACAACAAUCCUUUAACGGGACUAUUUCCUCCGAACGGCACCAAUCCACUUGGCGCAAUGGCUUCACAAAUAGCGAACAACAAUCCUUUAACGGGACUAUUUCCUCCGAACGGAACCAAUCCACUUGGUGCAAUGGCUUCUCAAAUGGCGAACAACAAUCCGCUCACGGGAAUAUUUUCUCCAAACGGCACCAAUCCACUUGGCACAAUGGCUUCCCAAUUGGCGAAUAAUAAUCCUUUCACUGGAAUAUCUCCUUUCAAUGGCAACAAUCCAAUUGGCUCGAUUGCUUCUCAAAUCGCCAACAACAAUCCUUUUACGGGAAUGUUUCCUGUUAAUAACACCAAUCCACUUGGCUCGAUGGCUUCUCAAAUCGCCAACCACAAUCCUCUUAUGGGUGUAUUUACUCCAAACUUGACCAAUCCUUUCGGCUCUAUAGGUUCUCAAAUAGCCAACCUCAAUCCUCUUACAGGAAUAUUUCCUCCUAAUAGCUCCAAUCCUCUUACAGGUAUCUUUCCUCCUAAUGGCACCAAUCCUCUUACAGGUAUCUUUCCUCCUAAUGGCAUCAAUCCACUUGGUUCGAUAGCUUCUCAAAUUGCUAACAACAAUCCACUUAUGGGAAUAUUACCUCUCAAUGGUACCAAUCCUCUUACAGGGUUCUUUCCUCCUAAUGGCAUCAAUCCUCUUGCAGGGAUCUUUCCUCCUAAUGGCAUGAAUCCUCUUGGUUCGAUAGCUUCUCAAAUCGCGAACAAUCCUCUCAUGGGAUUAUUUCCACCUAACGGUCCUUCUGAUGGCAACAAUCCUUCAGGUGGAAUAUUUCCUUCUGGCACCAAUAACCCUCUGAAUGCAUUUUUUCCUAUCGUGGAAAACAAUCCACUAUCAAUAAUAUCUAGAAAUAUCGGGUUUGGACCACUGCAAGAUUAUAUCCGAUCGGAUCUUUUGAACAGGGUUAAUUUCAUCUCGGCAUCUUUGGCAGCUCUUCGCUCUAGGUUCGGCGAUAGUAUUCUGCCACUACUAGCGCCAUUCUCCUCGAUACCUGGAGCCAGCAACGUUGCAUCGGAUAUAUUUCGCCUAUUCAAUAUGAGCUCCGAUACCUCAAAUUCCAGUAUUCACUCGACAUUGAUGGGGCCUAUAUUUUCGAGACUCGCCGAAGUUCAAAACAGAGCUCCAUUCGGCAAUAUCAUUGAAGCAGUGUUGAGGCCGUUCCAACAAGCCCUCACCUCAGGAGUAAACGGAACACCGAAUCCCAUUGGGUUCGCUUUAGCACCAAUACUUGGAGUCUGGAAUGGAGCUUCAGAAUUUCUACGCUCUACUGGCUCGCCGUUCGGCAAUAUCACUGACGCAAUAAUAAGGCCAUUCCAAUUAGCCCUCAACUCAGGAGUAAACGGAACACCGAAUCCCAUCGGGUUGGCUGUAGCACCAAUACUUGGGGUCUGGAAUGGGGCUUCUGAAUUUCUACGCUCUACUGGCUCGCCGUUCGGCAAUAUCACUGACGCAAUAAUAAGGCCAUUCCAAUCAGCACUUAACCCUGGAGUGAACGCAACACCAAACGCAUUCGAGUUACUACUAGCACCAAUAACAGGAGCCUGGAACGGAGCUUCACAACUGUUGCGCUCAACUGGCUCACCACUCGGCAACGUUAUUGACGCAAUAAUAAGGCCAUUCCAAACAGCACUAAACUCUGGAAUAAACGGAACACCGAAUCCAAUCGGGUUGGUUUUUGCACCAAUAUUAGGGGCAUCGAAUGGUAUUACAGAAUUUUUGCGCUCAACUGGCUCACCAUUCGGCAAUGUGAUUGAGGGGAUCAUUAGACCAUUCCAAUCAGCACUAAACUCAGGAGUGAACGGAACACCAAAUCUCGUUGGGUUAGCUUCAGCACCAAUAUUAGGGGUAUGGAAUGGAGCGUCGGAAUUCUUGCGUUCAACUGGUUCGCCAUUCGGCAAUGCAAUUGACGCAUUCCUGAGGCCAUUCCAAUCAGCACUCAACCCUGGAGUGAAUGGAACACCGAAUCCCAUUGAGUUGGCUUCAGCACCAAUAUUAGGGUUAUGGAAUGGAACCUCACAAUUUUUGAGUUCAACUGGCUCACCAUUUGGCAAUGUUAUUGAGGGGAUCAUUAGACCAUUCCAAUCAGCACUAAACUCUGGAGUUAACGGAAUACCAAAUUUCAUUGGGUUAGUUUCAGCACCAAUAUUAGGAGUAUUGAAUGGAGCUUCGGAAUUCUUGCGUUCAACCGGCUCACCAUUCGGCAAUGCAAUUGAGGCAAUCCUGAGGCCAUUCCAAUCAGCACUCAACUCUGGAGUAGACGGAACACCAAAUUUCGUUGGAUUGGCAUCAGCACCAAUAACAGGAGUAUUGAAUGGCGCUUCAGCGUUCUUGCGUUCAAUUGGCUCGCCAUACGGCAAUGUUUUUGAGGCAGUAGUGAGGCCAUUCGAAUCAGCAAUAAACUCUGGGGGAAACGGUGUACCAAAUCCCAUUGGCUUAGCUUUAGCACCAGUAUCAGGGGCAUGGAAUGGGACUAUAGAGUUGUUGCGCUCAAAUGGCUUGGCAUUUAACAAUGUUAUUGAGGAAAUAAUGAGGCCAUUCCAAUCAGCACUCAACUCUGGGUUGAAUGGAAUACCGAAUCCAAUUGGGUUGACUUCAGCACCAAUAUUGGGAGCAUGGAAUGGGGCUACAGAAUUUUUGCGAACUAUUGGCUUGCCCUUCGGAAAUAUUAUUCAGGCAGUCACAAGGCCAUUCCAAUCAGCACUGAACUCAGGAGUAUUCGGAUCACCAAAUCCAAUCGGGUUGGCUUCAGCACCAAUAUUAGGAGUGUUGAAUGGAGCUUCGGAAUUAUUGCGCACAACUGGCUCUCCAUUCGGCAAUAUUAUUCAGGCAGUAAUAGGGCCACUCCAAUCAACACUCAACUCUGGAAUAAACGGAAUACCAAAUCCAAUUGGGUUGACUUCAGCACCAAUAUUAGGGUUAUGGAAUGGAACUUCACAAUUUUUGCGUUCAACUGGCUCGCCUUUUGGCAAUAUUAUUCAAGCAUUGAUAGAGCCAUUCCAAUCAGCACUCAACUCUGGAAUGAACGGAACGCCAAAUCCAAUUGGUUUAGUUUCAGCACCAAUAUUAGGAGUAUUGAAUGGGGUUUCGCAAUUUUUGCGCACAACUGGCUCUCCGUUCGGCAAUAUUAUUCAGGCAGUCAUCGAGCCAUUCCAAGCAGCACUUAAUUCUGGAAUGAACGGAAUACCAAAUCCAAUAGGGUUGACUUCAGCCCCCAUAUUAGGGUUAUGGAAUGGAACCUCACAAUUUUUGCGUUCGACUGGCUCGCCAUUCGGCAAUAUUAUUCAGGCAGUAAUAGGACCAUUCCAAUCAGCACUCAACUCUGGAAUAAACGGAACAACAAAUCCAAUUGGGUUAGUUUCAGCACCAAUAUUAGGAGUAUUGAAUGGGGCUUCCGAAUUUUUGCGCACAACUGGCUCUCCAUUCGGCAAUAUUAUUCAGGCAGUAAUUAGGCCAAUCCAAUCAGCACUCAGCUCUGGAAUAAACGAAACAACAAAUCCAAUUAGGUUAGUGUCAGCACCAAUAUUAGGAGUAUUGAACGGUGCUUCGGAAUUUUUGCGCACAACUGGCUCUCCUUUCGGCAAUAUUAUUCAGGCAAUGAUAGAACCAUUCCAAUCAGCACUCAACUCUGGAAUGAAUGGAGCUCCAGAUCCAGUUGGGUUGGCUUCAGCACCAAUAUUAGGGGUAUGGAAUGGAUUUUCGGAAUUAUUGCGCUCAACUGGCUCGCCAUUCGGCAAUGUGAUUCAGGCGAUGCUGAGGCAAUUUCGAUCAGCAUUGAACCCUGGAGGGAACGCAACACAGAAUCCCAGUGGGCCGGAUUUACCACCACUCACAGGAGCAUCUAAUGGGGUUUCAGACUUUUUGCGCUCAUCGGGCUCACCAUUCGGCGAUUUCAUUGAGACGGCAAUGAGAUCAUUUGGCUCUGGCGCAAACGGAACGUUGGAUGCCUUCAGGAUGGCAUUAGCUCCGAUAUUAGGAGCCUCGAAUGGAUCUUCUAAUGGCUUGCCAUUCAGCAAUGUCAUCGAUGCGAUAUUCAGGCCGAUCCAAUUGGCACUCAACUCUGGAGUGAACGGAACACCGGAUCCCUUCAGGCUGGUAAUGGCCCCGUUAUCAGGAGCCUGGAAUGGGGCGACAGAAUUGUUGCGCUCUAGUAGCUCGCCAUUCGGCAAUGGCAUGGGGGCAUUAAUGAGGCCUAAUUUAGUAGCGUAA